AUGUACUUACAAGUACCUUUACAGGUACCCACUCUCGAAUUUUACGUUCAGGUACAUACCCAUACUGGUGCAAAACCAAGAUUAAAACUCGAAACUGACUGUGUGAUGGUGGGGGACGACAGCACGAAAGAAGCUCAACCAGAGGAAGACCCGUCUGUCUCGGCGCGUCUUCAACGACUACAGAACAACUAUGAGGAUUUCGGAAUGAGGCGUACGGUCGAGGGGAUUCUGGUCGUACAUGACCACGGGCACCCACAUAUCCUGAUGUUACAGAUCGCAAAUGCCUUUUUCAAGUUACCGGGAGACUAUCUCAAACCGGGAGAAGACGAGACGGAAGGUCUUAAAGCCCGACUGGACGAACGACUCGCACCUCUUCCUGGGAGCGCACAACACCUUGGACAGGAUGGGGAUUGGGAGAUUGGCGAUUGUUUGGCUCAGUGGUGGAGACCUAAUUUCGAGACAUUUAUGGUGAGUGUUGAUUUUCGAGAGGAGGGGAACAUGGCUUUGUCUCGGGUCCGAGGCACCAUCCCAACAAUGGACUCUAGGGAACUUUUGAAUUGCGCCCCUUGCGACUCUGGACUCGAUCCUGGAGGGGCCUUUCAACUGCUCCUACCCUCGAUCUCAUAG